UAUCUAAAACUUUGGUUUAAAUUAAUAAAAAAUUCAAAACUUAGUAUCAAAUUAGUUCAAAUUUAUUUUAAACCACCUUAUUAUUUUAAACCUUGGUGCAAAGCAAAUUUUUAUAUGACCACAUUACUAGUGCAUACCUGCCAACUUUUUAGUUUGGUCAUCAAGAAAACUUUUAAAUUGGGAAAAUGUAUCGUAAAUCAAAUGCGGCAAUUUUUUACAUGCUUUAUGUGAAAUUAUUUUCUAUUUUUCUAUUCCAUUUGGUUUCUGCUAAUUUGCUAAUGACAUGAAGGGCAUAUCGAUGGCCUAGAAUGAAAACCUCAUAGUCAAUAUUGUAAAUGUACUGGGAAACUAAACCUAUCCAGAAUGUGCCAAUUUACACAGUAUGCAUAUGAAAAGCAAAAUGAUCCAAUUUACACAGUAUGCAUAUGAAAAGCAAAAUGAUCAAGUACAAAACAAAAGGAAUAUUAUCCACUAAACAAGAUUACUUAAAGACAUACCUUGCUAUAUCACAUGUUUGUUACAUAUUUCAGUCAUCUCCUGAUUAUCAUCCUUGAUGCAAUUUUAAGACUGAAUGUGCCUUAUUUGCUUUACCUAAUAAAUCUGAGGUAAACCUUUGUUCAUAACAAACACAAUUCCUUGAUUUCAACACAGAAAUAGACUGCAAAGUUUCAGAUGACAUGGAGGACCUAAAUUGGGUUCUGUUUAUUUUUUUGACCAUACUGAAAAUGCGCUCAUAUUCUGAAUUACUGUGGAAAGCACGUUUUUCCUAUGCUUAGGACACUUAAUUUGUGUAGUUAUGUCGGACCUACCUCCAUGAGCAAUACUAAAAUCACACCGGCACAUUGUGCAAAACACAAAUUUUUCUCCUUUUUGCGAUUUCAGAAUACACGGGAAUUCGUUGUUGUACGCAGCACGGUAAGUCUGAAUAUAUUUAUUGUUGGCUAGCUAACUCAUGGUUCCCACCACGUAAACACACACGGAAAAAAAAACGGUUGCACAGCACUACAUUGGAACUACGAACAAUAGUCAGCCAUUUUGGCUAUAAUAUAAGGAACAAGGAACAGACAAAGGAGGUAGGGCUGACGUCACAAUUGUGGUCCGUUCCUCCGUUUAACCUUCCGUUAGGCGCGCGCGCCUGACAGGUGCAUUCUUAUCUUGUUUAUGUUCCCUGCACGAGGUCGUGUGUCGGGGAGGGGGCUGCUAUCGUCUAGCUUCCUAACUUUUGUUUCUUCUCUGGUUAGUUCAUGCAUGACUGUUGACGGAGUUACUUCAAGGCUGUGGCAGCCAUUUUCACCCUGCAGGUGCAGCGCGACUACUGACGAUGGCUGGGAAAAAAAUAAUUUAUAACUUGGAUAAUCCUGAAGACGUCAAGAAAAUCCAUAGUAUGCUGUUUGAUGAUACUUCGGGAGAUGAGGACUUUGGAGGACAAUCUGAUUCUGAUAGUGAAGAUCAGAUACACGAGCGAGAGGAAAAUUCAGACACUGAGCAAAGCUGUAAUGAAUCAGAUGGUGAUGAUCCCGGUAAUGCAUCUUACUACAUGGCAAACCAUAAGAAAAAUGGUAAGAUCGUCGAUUCGUACCAAUGGAACAAAUGCCCAUGUCCGAACAAGAGGAGAAGAGGUAAGCAAAAUUUGUUAUUACGCAUCCCUGGGGUUAUAGGAACAGCAAUGAAUGCUGAAACCAUUUUAGAUACCUAGCUUAUUCUUUUUGAUGAGUCAAUACUCGACUCUGUUGUUGCAUGGACAAACCAACAUAUUGAACUUGUAAGACCUCAAUUUAAUCGCCUCAGAGAUGCACGUUCGACGGAUGUAAUAGAGAUGAAGGCUUUUAUGGGUUUGUUAUACCUAGCUGGUGUGUAUCGUGGGUCACGCCUGAACUUAGAAGACCUUUGGGAUCCCUCUGGGGAUGGUGUUGAAACAUUUAGGCUCACCAUGUCCUUAAAACGCUUCCAAUUUUUGAUGAGGUGUAUUCGAUUUGACAACAAAGAGACGAGAAAUGAAAGGAAAGAACUAGAUCGAAUUGCACCAAUACGAGAAUGUUUUGAAACAUUUGUUGCUAAUUGCCAGAAAAGUUACUCUCUUGGAGAGAAUGUCACACUUGAUGAAAAAUUAGAAGCAUUUCAGGGUCGUUGCGGUUUCCGCCAGUACAUUCCCUCAAAACCUGCCAAAUAUGGAAUCAAGAUCUUUGCACUUGUAGAUUCCAAAAUGUAUUACACUUUCAACAUGGAAGUAUAUGCUGGGAAACAACCAGAUGGACCGUAUGCUGUCAGUAAUCAUUGUACAGGUGUUGUUCAUAGGAUGGUAUCGCCCAUAGUCAACUCAGGACGAAAUGUUACUAGUGAUAAUUGGUUCAGUGAUGUUCCACUUUUGAGUGAUCUGGCUGAUAAAAAACUAUCCCUUGUUGCCACACUGAAAAAAAAAAAAUGGCAAAUCCCUGACGUAUUCAAACACAUGGCUAACAGAAGUGAAAAGUCCAGUAUAUUUGGAUUCAGAAAAGAAGGGACUUUAGUUUCCUAUGCUCCUAGGAAAAACAAAAAUGUAUUUCUCAUAUCCAGCCUUUAUUUUGACGAUGCAAUCGAUGAUUCUACUGGGCCUUCAAAAAAACCGGACAUCGUAACAUUUUACAAUGAAACUAAAGGUGGUGUGGAUACGGUGGAUAAAUUGUGUGCAACGUAUAACGUGGCGAGAAAUGCUCGGCGGUGGCCUUUGGUAAUAUUUUUUGCUAUGCUCAAUGUGGCCGGUAUCAACGCACAAGUCAUUUACUCUGGAAACGGUUAUGUUGUAGCCAACCGCAGGACAUUUUUACGCCAACUUGCCAAAGGUCUUGUUUCAGAAGAAAUGACACGACGCAGUGCUGAAAAACAGAAUUUACACAUAACACUUCGGCACAGAUUGACAGAAGUAACCAAGCAGCCUCUCAAGUGUAGGGAAUCGAACAGCAAAUCACAAGAGAUGAACGACCAAAACAAUAAAAGGAAAUUGUGUGAGCCUUGUCGCGAAGACAAACAACGCAAAAAUACCAAAUAUUGUUGUGCUACUUGUGGCAAAUAUUUGUGUUUGAGUCAUGUCACUAUUAUUUGCAAAGAUUGUUAUGAAUGUAAGACAUCUUCUGCAGAUGAUGGUUUGGAAGUUGAUAGUGAAUAAGUGCAAAAGGCCUGUGAGUUGGUGAAGAAAAGACAGCUGAAAAACAAACAGUGUCUGCAAUUUUUAUAUUUUAUGUGUUCUCUGAAUUUUUAGUGCUUUUGUUUUUUCAUUUUAUCAUGCUAUUUUACUUUAAAACAUAUUUCCAUCUGGACUCAUUUAUACGAGAAGAAAAGUUUGUAUAUUACCUAUUAAUUUCACAAAGAUUUGGAUUGUGUAUGUACCAAAUAAGAAGUGUAAAUAAUGCAUGGAAUUAAUCGAAAUAUAAGAACUUACAUAUUUCAUAACAUAUCUCACUAAAUUAUGUUUUAUUUAAAUACUGAAAAAUAAUUUGAAAAUAUUAUACCUGAAUUUCUUUGUUACUGAUCCACAGCUAUUGUUUUGGAUUUUUUAUGCAUUUAUACUGUGGUAAUAUUAACAAUAAAUUAUGAAGAUUCUUAUGUUAAAUAAAUUUUUAAUUUACAUUUUAAAUCUUUACAUAUAUACAGUUCAAAUUUACAUGGUAUUGUAAUGAAACUCUUCAGUAGUGGGGAUUUAUGUUGGUGGAAAUAGGAGGAGCACCUCACAGGUGCAUUGCGCCAAUCCAUGUUUGAAACAUAGGUGCGCCUAUCGGAAGGUUAAGGAAGCACUUUUUCUUGCGGUAAGUGGAAAACGACCGUAGACCGUCCAGUCCAAACCAUAUACAAAUAACUAACUAUCUCUUGUUUUGUUUUCAUUCUGUCUUCCGUCGGUGCAUCGGUAACAUGGCCAGUACAGUAAAAGUUGGCAGGUAUACACGGCCGGUACAGUGAAUGGUAAUAAACCGCCACGCAAAAAUAAAUCCGUAAGAUAUUAAAGACGUCCGUAAAACCGUAAAAUAGUAUUAAAAUCCGUAAAACUUACGGACAAUCCGUAAAAGUUGGCAGGUAUGCUAGUGCAAGGAUUGAAAAAUAAUUUCUGCAAGGUCAAAAAAAUUAAAUAAUUACCUUAGUUGACAUAAUAUGCAAUUCGUUCUAAACUAAUCAAUGCUGGAUGCAUUGAGUUAAAAACAUUAAUAAUAUUUUUGCUGCAUGGAAAAUAAGAAAAGGUUGAACGAUCAUUUCGUAAUAUUGGAGAAUAUACUAAUUAUAUUAUGUACACUAUGUUUUGAAAAUUUUCCAGAAUUUUUUAGAAGUUUCCAAAAUAUUUUCAGAAGAAAUAGGUACUUAGAAACCUACCUACCUAUGCUUGUAGGCUGUGCUGAAAGGGUUUUUAAAAAUAGCUCAUUUGUUUCUUUUAUUCCAUAUUUACUUUGGCACAAUUAAUGUACUAGUACAGAUGUUUAUAUUUCACUAUCCAGCAAGUUUUCCAAGCUAGUUUACUUCACAGCUACUAGGAUGUGCAUCAUAUUAAUGUGUUUAGCCAUUAAUGGCAGACAGGCUUUAAGUAAACAGAGUUGAAAUUACAUUAACUGUCAAAUAAUAUUUUCAAUAGAAAACAAUUGAGUUUAUGCUUUUAUUUAAUUUUAUUAGAAUCGAAACAUAUCUUAUAUAUUAAAAUUAAAACUUUGGAACUCAGAAAUGUUGUUAGCGCCCACUCAAGAAAUGUUAUGGGAACAAUGUAACCACAAACAUUUUUACACUAAUUUAAUUUUUGUUUCUUUAAACUCAAAAUGUAAUUCAAACUUAUGUUUAAAUGCACUUUAAAUGUAUUACAACCUAUAACCAGUACUGUAAAAUGAUUUCAACAUAAGCAUGUCUUGAUUAAAAUACACUGUUAUGGGAAAAAUGUAUUUUAUUUGUGCUCUGUUUUCCUGGAAUGAAUUGGGUGGGUGUGAUAAAUGCUUAUUGGUUGACCUUCAGUGUGUCACACCAACCAUGAUCCAAAGAGAAUAUGGUUCAAAUGUGUAAUGGUAUAUAUUCUAGCAUGGCUUCAAAUAAUAAUGCAAAUUUUUCAGACCCCUACAUAUACAUGUAUAGAUAAGAAUGGCUCAUUCAAUAGUACAGGAGAAAGGUCUGAUCAAAAUUAACACUGCUGAUGGGAAUUCUGACUGAGUUCAAUAACGUCAACUUUUAAUGGCUGUUGUACAUAAUAACCAUCAGUAGCUAAUGGCAAUAAGAAUUUGAUGGUGCAAUAUCUAUAUAAAAAAACUAAAAAAAACCACAGCAAUGUAAGUUCUUACACAAAAAUUAAUUAAAAUUAGCAAGAGAAUAAUAUAAUAAAGUGUAACUCUGCCUAAACACUUUUAGAGACUAGUAUGCAAUUUAAUAUACACACAUGCACAGUAGAACCUAACUAUUGGAUUGGCGAAAAUUUAGAUUAUAGAGGUUAAUUUGCAGUUGAAUCUUUAAAAGCCUUAAUAGGGCAGAAAAACAAAAACCAGCUCAGGACAGUAUUAAAUAAUAUUGUAUGUUAUUUAUGAGCAGGAAAAUUAUAGGCAAAAUGCCUGCAAUUACUUUUCUGUUCACUUAUCUGUAAAGUAUACCACAUAAUAUAUUUAAAAAAACAGUAUCUGAGUUUGUCAUCAAUAUUUGUUUUACUUAAACACAUUUGUAAUUUUAAAUUUUUUUGCCUUUUUCUGUUUGGAUUAUCCGUGUUUUUAGAAUAGUGGGAUUAGGACAAAAGGUUCAACUGAAUAUGUCAAUGUGUGUGUGAGUUACUCAUAAUAAAAAUUAAAAGUAAAUACAUAAAAAAAAUAAAAA